UGUGGUUUUGAGCUACAACGGAACUUGAAAGCACCAACCCCCUAGUUAGGGCUGCUUUCCCUGCUUGUUUGUGCAAGCAAGAAAGUGCUUGAUACUUGGAGCUCUUCCCCACACUCCUGUGGAUCCACUUCCACUUAUCCCCUCUCCCUUCUGUCCCCUCCUGUUUGGAAGAGACAUCUGCUAUUUUAAUAGAAGCAUGGAGCGAAGCACUUUCCCUAAGCCUGGCGGAGCUCGGCUUGUUUCACACUGCAAGAAGCUAGGUGACAGAACUAGAGCUUCAAAAAAGACCUACAGAGGUGAAAGUGAGGCUCCACAAGACAAGAACACGAAUUUGGAUGGAACCGAGAUGGAACAGCGGGUGAAAUAUGUGGAAGACAAACUCAGUGAAAUGAAUGCUCGAUUUGAAGGUAUGGAGAAACAACUAGAGGAUUUGCAAGAACAGCUCAGUCAGGAAGCAGCAAGCAGGAUGGAUUCCCGUAGUUUCAGAUCACCGGAGGCCACCAACAAGAGUGAGAGCUCCACACAGACGGAGCUUUCCGAAAUGGUCAGCGCAGAAGAGUUUCGUCAGAAGGAGGAAGAGUGUAAAAAGCUGAAAGAAGAGAAGAGAGCCUUGGAGCAAAAAUUGAACCGUGUCUUGGCCAAUGCAAUGGGAAGCCAUACGUGCUCUGAGAACCUGAAUGACCCCUGUCCAUUAUCAGCUGUGCUGGGGAUGUAUGACAGGCUCAGGACACAUGAAUGGGAGAAAGCCAGAUGUGCUGCAAGUGGCUCUGUCUUCCCAAUGAUGUAUGAAAAAGGUAGCAACAUAAUUAAGACUGUGUUUUCCAUAUGUGAAGAAGAGCUGUCACAAAGACUGGAGCAAAUUUUUGAACUCCUUGAUAUUCCAGUUUCAAAGGAAACCACAAGCCUCUUUGACAGCCAACAGCUGCCCCCUGAGCUGACAAGAGAUAUAAAGAAUCACCUUAAAAAUCUCUAUUUUAAAUAUGGAGAAGACUUUUACCAAGCCAAGAUUUGGCCUGUUCUUUCUCCUGAUCUACAGAAGUUUCAGCCACUUGUAAAGUUCACAGCAGAGUGCUACAAAAUUUACUGUUUGUUGCUUCUUCAGAACCCGCCCAUUAAACCUGUGUGGCCCACAAGUAGAGUUCCCAUAGUUUACAUAGAGCAUGUGGACAAUAAAGAGAUAGAAAGUUGUAUGUCAAUAACCUUUCUGUGGCCAGUGCUGACCUGUGGGGGAAAGAUAUGUAGAAAGGGUGUAAUCUAUGAUUAAAAGUAAUGGCUGUUUGGAGUCAAAUU